AUGAAUGUACUUUCUAUAAAUCUACGUGGGUUGGGGUGUGACGAGAAGAAAGAUUGGGUUCGUAAUUUGAGAACUUCUAACGAUAUCGGUUUUGUAAUGAUUCAAGAGACACAAUUAUCGUCAAUGGACGGGGUGGAUAUAGGGAGAUUUUGGGGUAAUGGUGAGUUUCUUUGCGAAUGGGUUGAUGCUACAGGUCGUUCCGGUGGAUUGCUUUCUAUUUGGGAUUCGAAGCGGUUCAUAUUUUCAUCGGUGGAGAAGAAUAGAUAUUUUUUGAGCAUUAGCGGUAAACUAAGAGAUAAUGGUAAGGUUAUUACAAUUGUUAAUGUGUAUUCUCCUCAACGUUUGAUUGAAAAAAGAACCUUGUGGGCGGACUUGGAUCGAUGUAUUAUACAAGAUGAGAACUAUUGGAUUGUUGGGGGAGAUUUUAAUUGUGUUCGCGACCGUAACGAAAGGCGUAAUUCCAAGUCUGUGCCGUCUACGUCGAAUGAAUUUAAUGAAUGGAUUGAUAGGGUGGGUUUACAUGAAUAUUCUUUGAAGGGUAGGCGUUUCACUUAUGUUUCUGGUAAUAAAUGUAGUCGUAUUGAUCAGAUAUUUGUUUCAUGGAACUUUUUGAAUGAUUGGGUUAAUGCGGAAUACCAAGCUUUGGCACGGGAGAAGUCGGAUCACAAUCCUAUUUUGUUGAAAGUGGUGUAUCGAAAUUAUGGAGCGAAACCGUUUCGCUUUUUUAAUUCCUGGUUACAAAGGGAGGACUUUGAUGAACUUGUGAAUAGCUCGUUGAUGUCUUUUUCUAGGGAGGGCCGUUAUGAUUUGGUUAUGUUGAAUAAGUUUCGCUUGUUGCGGAAAGCAAUUGUUAAAUGGCGAGAUUCAAAAACCGAGAAAGAAAAGGAGGAAGAGGAAAAUGUAAGGCAAGAUAUCAUUGAGUUGGACGGUAUUAUUGAGGAUCGGGAGUUAACUGCCGCAGAGCAAUGGGUCUAUGUUGAAGCUAAAAAGAAGCUAAAAGAAUUAGAAGAUUUUUGUGCUAAAGAUCUUUGUCAAAAAGCCCGGGUUCGGUGGGCUAGUGACGGGGAUGAAAACACACGAUUCUUACAUGGGGUGGUCAACAAUCGAAGGGUCGCGAACUCUAUUCCAGGUUUGAUGGUUAACGGUGAGUGGGUGUUUAAACCGCAAGAAGUUAAAAAAGAAGUGUAUCGGUUUUUUAGACAUAAAUUUGUUGAAGAGUUGAAGUCUAGGCCUUGUGUGGAGUGUUAUGGCCUUCGUACAGUUAGUGACAAAGAUGCAGCGGACCUUGUGAAACCACUUUUGGAGAAGGAGAUUAAAGAGGCCGAGAUUUGA